CGGCAGCAGCGGCGGCAGCAGAGGCACCAUGGCCGACGGCGGCGGCGGUCCCCCGGAGCCACCCAGUCCCCAGGACUCCCCGGGCCCGGCGCCACGGGUUUUGCGCGCGGUCAGGCCGGGUGGCGGCACCGGCGGCACCGGCGGCGGGGAGACCCCGCGGACGGCGGCGCUGGCGCUGCGCUUCGACAAGCCCAUCAAGCAGGCCUUCUACAACACGGGGGCCGUGCUGUUCGUGUGCCUGUGCUGUGGCGCCGCCGUGCUCGUCUACUUCAUCCUGGAGGCGUUCCUGCGGCCGCUGCUAUGGGCCGUGCUGUGCGGCACUUUCCUGCACCCGUUCAAGACCUCGCUGACGCGCCUGGGCCGCCACUGGCUGCAGCGCCUGCACCGCGCGCACACGCCCAUCGUGCUGGCCGCGCUGCUGCUGCCGCUCUGCUUCGCCGACUACGGCGUCGAGGCCCUGGGCGAGCAAGCGCUGCGCCGCCGCCGUUUGCUGCUGCUGCUGGGCGCCGGCGGCCCGCUACUCUAUGGCCUCUACAGCCUUGGCAGCUACCUGGGCGUGCAGGUGCUGCUGGCUCAGGCCGGCGCUCUCAUCUGCUGCGGGCUGGACUAUUUCAGCAGCCUGUGGAUCUGGACGUUGGUAGUUGGCUAUGUGUUGGCUGUUUCAUUCAAGUGGAAUGCAAGCACUGAACGCUACUUGAGAGCAGUUUCAAUUCCUGUCUGGAUUAUAUUGCUUUUUCAUUUAGCAUCUCUGGCUGGCUCAUGGAGAAUUCCAGUAUUCCUGGUUAUUGUUUUCCUGAUGUCUGUGGGCACCCUCUAUGAAAAACAGAAUGGAAAAGAGUCAUCUGGGGCAGAGUUGCCAGGGCAAGUUAUCUCCAUGGCAGCUUCCACCCUAGCAACGUUGGCCAUCUCUAUCACAGGGUACGAAUCAAGCACGGAAGACCAGCCCUCCACUCAGCCUGCAGAAACCAUGGACAGAGGAGAGCCCCCUCCAUCACUGUCGUCAUCUUCUUCACCCUCCUCCCCUUCACCCACUCUGGGCAGACAAAGGCCUGAAAUCGGAACAUUUCUUAGAAAGAAGAAAACGAGUGAUAUCUACUUCGUGUCUCUCGUUUGGGCCAUCAUCGGAGUCCAGGUCUGGUUGAACCUGUGGAUUGUGCAGUUGCUGCCAGUGCCUGUUGCAGUCUGGAUACUCAAAAAGCUUGUAAUUCACUUUGGCGUUGUGAACUUCGUGGAGAAACGCUGCUAUGUGUGGUGGCAGGUCGUAGAGCACUUCCUGAAGGAGCGGCAGGAAGCUCUUGCACCCUGGCCAGUCAUCGGGCUUGGGAAAUUCUUGUUAAACAUUGACAGCAAGCUCUGGCACUGGCUAAAUAAGAAGAUGAUCAUCUGGCUGGAGAAGAUGUUAGACAAAAUAAUAAGCAUUUUCAUCAUUUUUCUGUUAGUGAUAGGAACCCUUCUUUUAGCCCUACUCCUGACUGCAAAGGUACAUCAAGAGAGUGUACAUAUGAUCGAAGUCACAAGCAGUUUGAUUAAUGAAACUCUAGCAAAUCAUCCUGAGUGGGCAAAUUGGCUUCCUGAGGCUCAGGUAGUCCAAAGAGCCCUCAAUUCUGCGGCUAACAAUGUGUAUCAGUAUGGACGAGAAUGGAUAACCCACAAGCUUCAUAAAAUUCUUGGAGAUAAGGUGAACAAUACUGCUGUAAUAGAAAAGCAAGUACUAGAACUUUGGGACAGACUGUAUCAUUCUUGGUUUGUAAAGAACGUGACGCAUUCUGGGAGGCACAAGGGACACAAGAUGCACGUAAGUCGUCAGAACGGCUGGCUGGGCGACAUUCUGGACUGGCAGGAUGUCGCCUCCUUCAUUCACGAGAACAUUGAGACGUUUCUUUCGAUCUUAGAGUCUCUGUGGAUUGUUAUGAGCCGGAAUGUGAGCCUGCUUUUCACCACUGUCACUACGCUCCUGACCAUCCUCUUCUACAGUGGGACAGCCCUUCUGAAUUUUGUUCUGUCUCUGAUAAUUUUCCUGACCACACUAUUUUAUCUAUUAAGUUCCAGUGAUGAGUACUACAAGCCAGUGAAGUGGGUGAUAAGCCUGACACCACUAUCUCAGCCAGGUCCUUCCUCUAAUAUUAUUGGCCAGUCUGUGGAAGAAGCUAUCAGAGGGGUGUUUGAUGCGUCCCUCAAAAUGGCUGGCUUCUAUGGAUUGUACACCUGGCUGACUCAUACUAUAUUUGGCAUCAAUAUUGUCUUCAUACCAUCAGCUUUAGCAGCAAUCCUUGGAGCAGUGCCAUUUCUGGGGACGUAUUGGGCAGCAAUCCCUGCAGUUCUAGACCUGUGGCUUACACAAGGCUUAGGAUGCAAAGCCGUCUUACUGUUGGUUUUUCAUCUCUUGCCCACAUAUUUUGUAGAUACUGCCAUCUAUUCUGAUAUAUCAGGAGGCGGCCAUCCUUACCUGACAGGCUUGGCCGUGGCUGGCGGAGCGUACUACCUCGGCCUGGAGGGAGCCAUCAUCGGGCCCAUCCUGCUCUGCAUCCUUGUGGUUGCUUCCAAUAUCUAUAGUGCCAUGCUCGUGAGUCCCACGAACUCGGUGCCCACGCCACACCAGACCCCAUGGCCUGCGCAGACUCAGCGGACUUUCCGUGACAUUUCUGACGAUCUGAAAUCUUCAAUAGACUGACGUGGCUUCCACUGCAGUGAUUUCUCCAGGAAGUUCAGCCUUGACCGUGAGUUCAGUGAGUUCAGCUCAGCUGUGGCCUCCUGUCCAUUCAGCUGUGCCUAGCAAGCAGAGCCCAGGAAAAGCAGCAGAAACCUCCCGGCCUUCCGUACAGAAUACAUGGACAAGAGAGAGCUUGCUGUGGGCUGCUUUGCAUUUUAAAGCACAGCUUUAGAGCUCAGAAAUGUGGUUUGCUCACUUAAUUAACUGUUUUAAGAUGGCUUGAAUAGUUUCAGUUUAUACACUGGUGCCAUAGCUUGAAAAUUUUCCACUUUGCUUAUCUAUAUUAUUACAAUAUGUAUUUAUAAAGUUAUUAAGAGCCCUAAACUACCUGCUGUUAAAAGUGUAUGCAAUGUAAUUUUCUCCUGUUUUAAGACAUCUGUUCUUAAAACUUUUCGAUGACAGUCACUUUUCAAUGAAAAGGGCUUUCACUUUUGAGUAUAUAGUUGCUUGGGCAGGAAAAAGGAGUUUUCUAUUGUUCUCCCACAAGGUAUGGUCCUCCCUAAGAAAGACCGAAUCCUUAGCACAAGGGUGAGGUGGCUUAUUUGAAGUUCAGAUAGUUGUAUGUUGCAGCCAUAGGAGACACAGACAGACUGAAGCUCUUCCUCCCCUUUUUUCUCCUCCCUCCCUCCCCCACUACACUGUUGCCAAAUGUCUAAAACUUGGCCCACCACACUGAAGUUCAAUACUUAUGAAGCUGCUAUUAAUGGUAACAAUAUGAUAGAAUUCAUGUUGUGAUUUGUUUUCUUUCCAAAUGUUUUAAGUCAAAAAUCUCAGGUGCAGCAGUACUCUCAUUUGUUAAAUGUGUCCAUUUCCCUUUUUGGAAUUCUGCCACUUAAUUACUUAUAGGCAGUAGAAUUUUAUAUUUGUAUAGUAUUUCUCCAUCACUUAGCACAGUGCCUUGCACGUGAGAUUCCCAAUGAAUGCUUUUUGAAUUAAAUUGUGACUUUUAAAAUGUGUCAGAUGUCACAAUAACCAGCAUAGCGCUAUAGCGCUUUACAUUUUGCAAAGUCUUGUUGUGCAUAUUGUUUCACAACCACUUCCCAUCAUCUUUCAUUUUGCUCUAUAUUGUUUUAUAACAGUUUCCCCCAGAUGGGGAAGCUAAGUUUCAGAAAAGUGACCAACUCAAAAGUCGGAAAGGUUAGUAAGAUUUGACCUCAAAUAUCUGUCUCCGUAAAUCUGUAAACUCUGCCAUACUGUUGUGUUCCUUCUAUCUUAUGCAGUUUUCUCAGUGCUAUGAGAGAGAAUAGGUGUCCUUGGACUUGUUCUACAGUUAAUGGCAGGACUGCGACUAGAACUCAGCUCUUAGCUUUCUGCCUUUUCCACUGUAUAGAACAACCAUCUGGCUUGUUCUCUGCCCCCAAGGGAAUAUGGAGGAGAAAGCAUUCUUAAGUAUCAAAGAUCACCUUUUUGGAAAACAAAAGUGGAAAUCAUUUUUCUAAAACACCUCCUCACUAAGAAGCAUAGUUAGUGAUAAUUAGCUUAAAUUUAUUGUGAUGUUACUUAAAAACUCCACCUAGAAGAGAGGCUACCAUGAGGUCUUUGAUUGUUUAUACAGUAGACUACCUGCAGAUUUCUUAUUUUUACUAGGAAUCCUUCAACAAUUAUAAUUUGAUAUAAUACUCAGUGUUACAUUUGGCCAUUAAGUAACUCAUUCUUCAGUCGGUUUUUUAAUCAUUCAUUCAAUGAAACAUUUGUUGACAGUUUGCCAAACUCUAGGUUCCAUGCCAGGCACUGUACAAGGUGCUGUAGGGGUUAACUCCUAAGAAGGCCUUCUCUUACCUUAAAUCUUAGCCAGAUCAUGUGUAUUGCUACAUUGAAAACUUUUGCUUUAAAAGGGUUAAAAAAGAAAUCAAGUUAGUUUUUAUUACUUGUAUACUAGUAAGUUUAUAGCUGUAAUUAGCACGUAUUCGUAAGAGGCAAACAUUACAUACAAUGAGCUAGGGUGCAUAUACAAACUGUGUUCUUCCAAAAUGCUUUUAGCUGUUUAAAGUGGUUGCAAAAACCUGAACUUGAGCUAAUGUAUGGCUAUUGCGGGUUAUAAUUAUUAGUAUGAACACCAGGUUCUUAGAGGGGAAAUGCUGAGCCCUAAGAAUAGUUUCGAGCUACCAAAAUUAGCAGUGAUGUAAUAUCAUCCUGAAAUAUCAGGAACAGAUAUGUUCCCACAGUCCUGUUAGGAAACCUGCACUUGCCCCGGUGCUCCAGCAACUGCAUAAAGCCUGGGAAGGCCGGUCAGCUCGAACCCUCAGAAACAUGCCCCCUCAGAUCCAGUGAGGUUUUACAGAAUUCCACAGGGCAUAGAGAUCAAGUGGUAUGAAGAGGUAGGAGCUCAGGUCUCAAAGAUGACCCAUCCUCAGAUUGUUAAUUAGUAUUUGACCCAGAAAGAGGAAAUUUCACUAGGAACAGAAAAUGGAUUGAUGAAGAAGUAGCUUCAGUCAAAACUGAGGACAGAAAUCCUUUCACAGUGUCUUGCAUUUUACAGCUUUAUUAAAAGAUUAGUUUUGACUUCACAUUCACUACUCAGUUGUAAACCAAAUGGGGGAAUGGGUGGAGGAGAUAAAAGCUCUCCACACAGAUGUGCUCCUCUUUCCAUGUCAUAUAAGUCCUGCUUCAGUUCCGAAAUACCUGUCACACCGUCUGUUCCUGGAUGUGAUCUCUGUCACACUGCCUUAGAUACUUAUUUAGUUUUCAAUUUGCAAGGAAUCCUACCACCCUCUUCCAUUGGAGGUGGUUAGUUGGCAGGGUGAGACUGGUGUAGACUGACGCUGGACAGUGAGUGGGAGGACACCCAAGAAGUGUUAUGGAGAUACUGUAUUUACAAAACCCAGUAGCCCUUGGAAAUAGCAGCUGUUCAUUCCAGUUAAAAGGGGCUGCUACAGGGCUUGCAGAUGAGGUCCUGCAGCUGACCUUGGUCUUAAUAUGAGCAGAUUGUGACCCUUCAGGACUUCCUAGUACCACUAGUUGUCACUUCCUUUGUAUUUAGCACUUCAGGAUGUGUCACUGCUGGGCAAGAAAUACUCUGAAAUUCAGGCCAUGAAGGGUUAGAUUAGAGCAAAGUAAUUUUGGUGAGCGAUUUGGAGCUUUCAACCUCAGGUUUACAAGGAAAAACCCCGUCAGAACUUCCCGUGUUCUGGUCCUGUCCUGUAGUCUCCUCUAAGGGUCUUCCGAGACCCUUACAAGAGUACUACAGUAGGCAUUUCACAGUGGAAAUAGCCUCUGACAACACACUUCCAAAUGCUUUCCAAAUGCUAGUGCCAGUUCACAACAAGUACUUUUGUUUUUAUUAAUUUCUUGCCUUUACAUAUUUUGCCAUCAAAAUAUAUUCAUUUUAUUACAUUUUAGAGGACCUUCGAAAAGUGCAUACUAUCUGAAACCACCGAGCAGUUAUUUUUUGAUAGACUUGAUUGACAGUUCUCUUAAUCAUUUUUAAACUACCUGUCUACUAGAGUCUUAGAAAUUCUGUGCUAGAAUGGGCCUUAUGUAAUUAGGUGAUUCUGUCAUUUUCUAGAGAAACCCACAGGUUAAAGUGGCUUUUUUAACAGAGAGCCAGUUAGUAACAAUUCAGAAUAGCAUAUACUUCUUUUUUCUCAGUCCGUUUUUCUACUUUGCUUCCCUUUUCCUCGUAGAUGAGUAGCUUUUGGGAAAAUACGUUCCUUAUAGCCAUAGUUCAAAGGGUUGUUAUUAGAGGUUAUAAGGGAACAAACGUGUGGGGGGGACGAGGGGACGCCAUGGUCAAUUAAAAUUGAGGCACGCUGAGUUUAUUUUCUUUCUUUAGCUUAAGAGGAGAUGUUUACUUAGACUUACUCGACCUUAAACUGCGCCCCCAUCUUGUUUUCUUAGAGCAUCUCAAAGUGCCACUGGUCCUUUGGGAAACAAGGCUCUCAAGUAAGUUUACAGCUGUUUUAGAAGACAUCCUUAAUGGAAAUUCUGAACGGUCAAUUUGUUACCAUCGUACCAUGUAACUGUAAUAAAUCUCAAAGUUUAGUGAGAUAUUAGAAAGAAAACAUAAUUGCUGUUCAGAGCUAUACGCAAAGUAUAGAGAUUCUUUUCCACCUAUGGUGUGUAAAAUCAGUAUUUGUGUUUAGUUGUCAAAGUUUUUCAAGGAUCAAUUAAUGUGCAGAUACAGUGAGGAUAAUUGAUAUUACAUUUUAAUAACGCUUUUGUAUGGCACUUUAUUCAGACUGCUUUCGUAACAACCCUGUGAGAUAGGCCGGUGUUCAACAUUAUCAGAGACACUGGCGGCCUCAGAAAGUUUUUUUGUAAUCUUUUUUCCCCUUAAGUUUAUACCACAAAAUAAUGGAGCCAGAAUUCAGUUUCAGAAUUUCUGACUCCAAGUCCAGAGUUAUUUACUACUACACCAGGUUUCUUAUUUUUUCUUCCAGCUUUAUAUUUUACAAUGAAAGGUGUGGAUACAAAUCUUAAAGUAACAUCAUUUUGGUUUAUUAUCAACACUAUUUCUUUGUUAUUGCAGACCCAGAAAGUGUAACUCCUAUUAUAGCUAUCCCAAAGAAAAUCCUUCUUUUGUCCUUUGCAGCGCCACUUCUUUAGGGGACUGGAGUGUAUUUCAAAUACCAUUUGAUUUUGAAACCAAGAUUGGAUAUAUUGUUGUGAUUGCUUAUGUAAUUUUGGAAAAUGUAUCAUCUCUGCAUUCUUAGGCAAAGUAGAGAUGGUUUGAAAGUAAAAAAGAUUAUUCAAAUACAAUAAUACAUCUUUAUUCUCACACAAAUGCUGUUUCUUAGCUCUAACUUGCUUUGACAACCUCCCGAUGUAACUUCUUUGUAAAUGUAAAAUAUUUAUAUUUUGAAAUAAAAUGACUGGUGUUG